CCAAAACAAAAUUGAAGUGAAGUUUAGAGAGAGAGUGUGUGAAAUGCUUAGAAACAGACACCAUUUUUCUCGAUCUGUCCUCUGAUCGAACUUCUUCAAUUCUCAGUGUGAGCUUGCUGUUCAACUAUUACGAAUCCAUAUCUUUUUCACAAUCAAGAUCCCCAAUUUCAAUCCAUUUGCGUCUGCUUCGAUAUAGAUAAAGAGAAGAUCGUCUGUCAUCGCGGGUGCUAAUCUCCGGCCAUGGCUUGCGUAAAGACGGUUAACCGAUCGGCAUCCGUGGCGUUCGCGCCAGAAGCACCGUACCUGGCGGCGGGGACGAUGGCCGGAGCGGUGGAUCUUUCUUUCAGUUCAUCGGCAAAUCUAGAGAUAUUCAAGCUUGAUUUCCAGUCUGACGAUCAGGAGCUGCCUUUGGUUGGAGAGACCACGACUUCCGAGCGUUUCAAUCGGUUGUCAUGGGGGAAGAAUUCAGCUGGUUCGGAGGAAUUCUCUCUCGGUUUAAUUGCUGGUGGAUUGGUGGAUGGCAGCAUUGGUCUAUGGAACCCGCUGAAUCUGAUCCGUUCUGAGGCAAGUGAAGAUGCUCUUGUAUCACAACUCUCAAGGCAUAAAGGGCCUGUCCGUGGCUUGGAGUUUAAUGGCCUUUCCCCAAAUCAUCUUGCUUCUGGGGCCGAUGAAGGGGAAAUUUGUAUUUGGGAUAUAACAAAACCUAGAGAGCCUACUCAUUUCCCACCUCUGAAGGGUAGUGGAUCUGCUACCCAGGGUGAAAUUUCUUUUUUAUCUUGGAACAGCAAGGUUCAACAUAUAUUAGCAUCCACUUCAUACAAUGGAACAGUUGUUGUUUGGGACUUAAAGAAACAGAAGCCAGUAAUCAGUUUUUCAGAUUCGACUAAGCGGCGAUGUUCUGUCCUGCAAUGGCAUCCUGAUAUGGCCACUCAGCUAAUUGUAGCAUCUGAUGACGACAGCUCACCUACUCUCAGACUAUGGGAUAUGCGGAAUAUAAUGACGCCUGUUAGAGAGUUUGUUGGACACACUAUGGGCGUGAUUGCGAUGUCAUGGUGUCCGAAUGAUAGUUCUUAUCUGCUGACCUGUGCCAAAGAUAAUCGUACUAUUUGCUGGGAUGUUGUUUCUGGAGAGAUUGUCUCUGAACUUCCAGCUGGAACUAACUGGAACUUUGAUGUACACUGGUACCCAAAGAUACCUGGGGUCAUUUCAGCAUCCUCAUUUGAUGGAAAAAUUGGCAUUUACAAUAUGGAGGCUUGUAGCCGUUAUGGCAUUGGAGAGGACAAUGUUGGUGCAGCACAACUAAGAGCACCAAAAUGGUAUAAGCGUAAAGCAGGAGUGUCCUUUGGGUUUGGGGGAAAACUUGUUUCAUUUUGCUCAAAAGAUGGUACAUCAGGUGGUUCAGAGGUUCAUAUCCAAAGCUUGGUCACAGAACAGACUUUGGCAAGCCGUUCAUCUGAAUUCCAAGCGGCAGUACAAAACUGGGAUAGAUCUUCAUUAAAGCUAAUAUGUGAUGGAAAAUCUCAAGAAACUGAGUCGGAGGAUGAGAAAGAAACAUGGUGUUUCCUGAGGAUUUUGUCUGAAGGAGGGACAGCAAGGACAAAACUACUUAACCAUCUUGGUUUUAGUUUACCUGUUGAGGAAACAGAUAAUCUGCAAAACAAUGUUUCUGAGGAAUUAAAUGCUCUUGGAAUUGAAGAAAAGGUAUCAGAGUUAGUGAGUUAUGCGGCAGAUCAUGGCACAAGUGCCUUCCCAACUGACAAUGGAGAUGAUUUCUUUAACAAUCUUCCAAGUCCUAAAGCUGACACACCUGUCUCAGCUUCUGGGAAUAAUUUUAAUGCGGCAGUUACUAGUGUUGAGACAGCACAGACAGAAGUGGUGGAUGAAGAAUGGGAGGAGAACCCUGACCCGUCAUUUGAUGAGUCCAUUCAGCAUGCAUUGGUUGUUGGAGACUAUAAGGGUGCAGUUGCUAAAUGCAUAUCUGCAAAUAAACUAGCUGAUGCUUUAGUUAUUAGUCAUCUUGGUGGAGCUUCCUUGUGGGAGAACACACGUGAUCAAUACCUUAAGAUGAGUCGGUCUCCUUAUUUAAAGAUUCUUUCUGCAAUGGUGAACAAUGAUCUGUCCAACCUGGUCAAGAGUAGGCCCCUCAAAUCCUGGAAAGAGACCCUUGCUCUAAUUUGCUCUUUUGCCCAACAAGAGGAGUGGACUUUGCUAUGUGAUGCACUUGCUGCGAGGCUUAUGGCUGCAGGCAAUACACUGGCUGCCAAUCUUUGCUACAUAUGCGCUGGCAAUAUUGAUAAAACCAUAGAAUUAUGGUCUUGGAGUCUUACCAAAGGUCUUGAAGGAAAAUCCUAUGUUGAUCUUCUUCAGGAUUUAAUGGAAAAGACAACUGUACUUGUUCUUGCUUCUGAGCCUAAGCAAUGUAGUGGUUCUUUAUGCAAGUUAGUUGAGAACUAUGCUGAGAUAUUAGCCAGUCAAGGGCUUUUAUCUACUGCUAUGGGAUACUUAAAAUUGUUUGGAUUGGACGAACUAUCUCCUGAACUAAGGGUCUUGCAAGAUCGCAUUGCUGUGUCUAUAGAAAAUGAGAAAGAAAUACCAAAAUCUAUUCCAUCUGACUAUUCUUCAUCACAGACUGGAACAGAAUAUGGAAGUCAGCCCAGUUUUGGUAUGCCCAACACUUCUCCUUAUUAUCAGGAACCAGUAGCAUCACAUCUGCCAAGUGUUCAAGACAGUUCUUAUGCGAAUAACUAUCAACAGAUGUCUGGUACUUCUUAUGGUAGAGGAUAUGAUAUGCCUGUUCCAUAUCAGCCUGCAAACCCAUCACCAAUGUUCCCAUCACAGCAGGUCUCCUCUCAGUAUGCUCCACCUCCUAUCCACAAUCAGCCCGCUGUCACAACUUUCAAUCCUGCAAACCCUAUGAUGUUGAGAAAUCCGGAGCAGUAUCAGCAGCUAAAUACACUGGGUUCUCAGUUAUAUCCUGGGACUGGAGUUCCUAACUAUCCAUCUGGCGAGGGUUUUUCUGCUCCGGUUACAUCUCAACCGGGUUCUAUUCAAGGUCAUAAAAUGCCUCAGGUUUUUACUCCCGCUCCUGCUCCCACAUCCCGAGGAGGAUUCAUGCCUGUUGCAAAUUCUGGAGUUCAAAGACCUGUAAUGGGUCAAUCACAGCCAUCCAGCCCCACUCAGUCCACACAAGCACCACCUGCUGUAACUCCUGCUGCUCCUCCACCCACAAUACAGACAGCUGAUACUUCAAAAGUUCCUGCGCAACAAAGGCCUGUUAUUACAACUUUGACCAGACUUUUCAACGAGACAUCAGAGGCACUAGGAGGCUCACGUGCGGUUCCAGCUAAAAAGCGUGAGAUAGAAGACAACUCAAGGAAAAUAGGGGCCUUGUAUGCAAAACUCAACGCUGGGGAUAUAUCUAGAAACGCGGCUGAAAAACUUGUCCAAAUCUGCCAAGCUUUGGAUAAUGGAGAUUUCAAUACUGCUCUCCAAAUCUUGGUCCAACUUACCACAAGCGAUUGGGAUGAAUGCAACUUCUGGUUGACUGCUCUAAAACGCAUGAUCAAGACCAGGCAAAACGUCAGAUGAAUCUCCUCUCUAGCAUCAUAAAAAAGGUUUGGGUAGAUAUGAUCAGAAUCUGUUCGAUUUCUUCCAUCAAAGUAUUUGUUCAGAUAGGAACCUGCUAUUUUAGUCAAAUAUUUGACUUCCUUUCCUUGCAAGAUUUAUGAUGAUAUUCCCAUAUAUAAUACAGUUGGUGGAUGAUAAUAGGACAACAUUGACUUUUAUUUAUUUUUUGCUUGAUAAAAUUUUCAUUUAUACUA